AAAAUGAAUCAUCUGCAAAAAGAAAAAGCUUAACGGGUGCUCAAAAAGCAGAAAUAUGUUACCUAAAACAGAAAGAAAAAGAUAGGUGGUUAUCACUUGAACCAGAAUCUGGUGAACCUCCUGAACCCUUAAAUAUUAAGGAUGCGAUUGAUUUUACUGCCACUGCUUGGAAAAAAAAUUCUAGUUUAACUAAUGAAUCAGAUCUUACAGAUGAAAUUCAGAAUUUAAUUGGACAGUUACCUCUGGACCAACCCAUGAGUGCGCAUCAAUAUAUAAUUGCUGAUAAUAAUCUUAUUGCUACUAAGAUUCCAACUGAUGAAGAAAUAAUUGAGUCUGUUAAGAAUCAUGAAUGCAUUGAACCGGAAGAUAAAAGUCCAAAAAAAUUAAUCUCCUUUGUUCAGGCCUUGGAAUUUAUUAAAGGAAUCUCAUCUUUCCUUGAGCAACAACCUGAUGGUAAUUUCAAAGUUAAAGAUUCUUUUAUUCGGGGUUUAAGACAACUUAAAAAAGAAGUAAAUAUUAAGCAUAUUGCUUUAAAACAACAAGCCACCUUAGAUACGUUUAUUCAUAGUACAAAUUAA